AAAAUUGAACGGUCGAUAAUUCUCGUCACGUCUUUGUAUCUCGUCGUCGUGAAACGGCGACUUCGCGGCGAAUGCGUCGCGUCGUGUCGCAAAUUUCCCGGCCGGCGCGGCGUAGUGUCGUGCCGCGAAAAAAAAUAGCGUCAGCGAGGACGCGCCAGGCUGUGGAUCGUCGGUAUCCCGUGUAUAGGUGCCGACCUCCGACCGACCACGACGUUCGUGGCUUCGCGCGCCGGUCGAUCGAGCGGCCGUGAGCGGCCGCACCGUAUGAUUUUCGGAACAUCCGCGAGAGGCGGAGAGAAGACCUUGCUCGGCUGGAAACGCAACGCGGGGAGCGCGCCGCGGGAGCGGUAGAAGGCAGUAAAGCGACCGCUAUCGUCGUCACAGUUGGACACGUUUCGAGGAAGUUUCUUUCCCCGCGAGCGCUCAUUCCCCUCCUCCGCGUGAACAACCCGUAGACGUAGUUCUCUGUAGCAAGAUAAUUUUUUUUACACCAUGUCAGAUUGGGAUACCGCGCCUAUCACCCUCCGCAAACGCGUCCCGAAGUCGUCCACGUUGAAAACCGAGAAGGCGGUCAACGACGCUCGGCGACAGGGCUACACUGUCGAGACACAAGCGAAAUGUAAGUAUUGGGGUGGUGGAGCAAAUAGACAGCAUGUGACUACAAAGAACACAGCCAAAUUGGAUCGUGAAACAGAAGAAUUAAAACAUGAUCAAAUUCCACUCGAACUUGGCAAACUUAUUCAGCAAGGACGACAAAACAAGGGAUUGUCACAAAAAGACUUGGCUACGAAAGUAAACGAGAAGACGCAAGUUAUUAAUGACUACGAAGCGGGACGUGGAAUACCAAACCAGAUGGUGAUUGGUAAAAUCGAGCGAGUACUUGGAAUUAAAUUGCGUGGUAAGGAUCGUGGAAAACCGUUGACGGCCCCCGGGACGAAGAAGUGAAUCUCGGGGGGGGAAACAAUCUAUCUUUCGAUCCUUAUACUGUUCCCAUGGAAGAACUAUGAGAAAGACGGUAGAAUCAACACAACAAAAAAAAAAGAAACAAAUUCCCUACCCUCUUUUCCUUUGGUUAUAUGGAUAUUGAACGGUAAAAACUGGGUUAUAAUUAACUUGUUUUUAUGUAUGAAAUAAAAGAAAGUUAUUUUAGAAUAUCAUGAAUGCGUAUGGAGCAACAUACAGUUACAUACAAGUGCAUACAGUAACAUGGCGUAAUGUUAAACAAGGCUUAUUGAGUUACCUUUGCGCGUAAUUGUUAUAGAUUUUUAUGUGUACAUUACUAAUCUAAUCAUGAAAUAAAUGCGAAACGUAUGUUUGAGUGACAAAAUAAAAUUCUUAAUUUAUAGUAAAGUAUUUGUCUUAUUAUCGAGAAUUCGUUUUCAUUGAGCAUCAUGAAGAUUUAUUAAGAAUUUAUGAAUAAGUGUAGAUAAAAUAUUCACACAUAUAAGUAGAAAAUAUAUAGUGUAUAAAUAUAAAAAAA